CUAACAAACUGCCAAGAGCGGGAACAAGGAUUUUCGAAAUGGUAAAAUGCCGCCAUUCCUUCUCUGCCCAUAAGCUUCAUAAACAAACAAACAGGCCCUCUCUGUAAAUCUCAAUCAUGGACGAGCAAGAAAACAGCGUGAGCACCACGCUUUCGUCCAAUAAGCGACCUUCAAUGUCUCCGUCCCUGCAAAUUCCAGCUCCCAAGAAGCGAGUCGUGUUGGGUGAGAUCUCCAACUCGACAAACGACGUCGUUUCCACUCAGAACUGGGCUCCGAAGAAACCCAAGAGUAGCUUGAAGAAGAAGAAGAAGAAGAAGAAGAAGACGACGACGAAGAGGGAAGGGGAGGCCCUCAAGACUGAAAUCGUUGUGAGAUCCGUUGAUCCACGCAAGUCUGAUUACUCGUCUUCUAUAUAUAGCCAUCUUCUUUCAUUGGAGAUGGAUAUGAACAAGAGGUCUUCACCCAGUUACAUGGGUAGGGUUCAAAAUGAUAUAUCACCAAACAUGCGAGAAAUCCUGGUGGAUUGGUUGGUGGAGGUUGCUGAGGAAUACCAGCUUGUUACAGACACCCUCUUUCUAACUGUAUCAUAUAUUGACAGAUACCUGUCUUCAUAUGCUAUCAGCAGGAACAAGUUACAGCUUCUUGGUGUUGCUUGCAUGCUCGUUGCAUCAAAGUAUGAAGAGAUUUGUCCUCCACGUGUUGAAGACUUCUGCUAUAUAACAGAUAAUACCUACAUCAUGGAAGAGGUGUUGGAAAUGGAGAGUGAUGUACUCAAAUUCUUGAACUUCGAUACUGGUCCUCCCACAACAAAGAAUUUCCUCAGAAUCUUAACGAGAGCUGCCUUGGAGAACUCCAAAUCUUCUAAGACGCAAUUGGAAUUCUUGAGUUGUUAUCUUGUGGAGCUAAGUUUGCUAGACUACAGUUGUGUCCAGUUCCUACCAUCAGUAGUUGCUGCAUCAGCUAUUUUCCUUUCGAGGUUCACGAUCCAACCUGAGGUGCAUCCUUGGAGCCUGGCAUUGCAAUCAUAUUCUGGUUAUAGACCAUCCGACUUAAAGAUUUGUGUCCGUGCCAUUCAUGACUUGCAGUUGAAUAUAAAAGGAAGCUCUUUGCGAGCAGUAAGAGAUAAAUACAGGAAGCCAAAGUAUGCUUGCGUGGGAACAUUGACUUCGUUACCUGAAAUUCCUGCAAUUUAUUUUGAGGCCAUCGACAUAUAAGUAUUUUCAGGAUUCUGGAAGAAGCUGAUUUUGAAGUUUGACCUAGCUGUCAAGAAUUACUUUCAACAAAUUACAUUUCUAGUAAGAGUUAGGGACUGAUCAACUUGAAGCUGGUAGAUGAAUGGUGCCUAAAGUCAAUGCUUGCUUAGAAUUUAGAUGCAGAGACACCUAUGACCUCAGGUUUGGAGUUGACUUUUGGAUACUGAAUAGGUUUUUGAGAAUCAUUAUGUUUCACUGGGUUCAUUCUCUGGACCCAAAUAUUUGUAAAUUGCUGUGGAUGUGAAAUAAAGGAUUAUAUAUUUUUUAGGCAUAUCAA